UUGAGCAAAGAAAAUAAUCAUUAAAACCACAGCAGGCUGCUUGGUGGAUUUUUCUGUUGCUCCACUUUGCACAACUCCUCCUGUUGCCUUAUUUCAAACAUUUGAAUUUUUUUUUUUUUAUUGUGAUGACAUUCUUUGCAUUCUUCUAACCAAUUUUGAUAGAACACUCCAUUUUGGCAGGAAGUCAAAAGCCGAUACAGCCUUCAGUUCAGCACCCUUUUACUGGACAGCGACAGUUUUCUGCUCGCCUUUGGACUCCUCACUCUCUUCAAUCUUUCUACUUCACAAUGAUCCAUGAAUUUCAUUUUGGGAUCCAAACUAUCUUUAGCCUUCCUCACCUUUUUUUUUUUUUUUUUUUUUUAACUCCCAGGGUGUAGUGAGUUAUGAGUCCAAUGUGGCAAGACUGAAACCCAUUAUUGGAUUACAACGUGAUUGAAUGGGCAGCUUUGUCUCCAGAGUCUUGAUGCAUCUGACGACUUUAAUUCAUAUUUUUCAAACCAUUUUGAUGCAUUUUAUUCCUACGGGCAUUUCUUCUCCUCUCUCCUCCUCCUGUUUAAUAUCACACACUCCCUCCAAUCCCAAUCCGGCACUCCCUCCCUCUACUCCUGCAUCCCGCUUUAUCUCUCCCUCCCUCUCUCGUUCUCCCCUUCAUCUCACCUCCAGCCAGCCAGCCUCCUCCUCGAUCGCGCAGCCUCCACUUUCUCUUUCCACUUAUCUCUUUCUCCCGUCCACUCGGCUCUCCCGUCAGCAGCUCUGCAGGCUCGCUGCUCUCCGUCCAACCGCCGAGGACUCAGAGGCACUCAGGACUAAGUCUCUGUCAUUGCAGCCAAAAUGGCGAUGAACAGCAUCCUCAACGCUGACAACAUCAAGAAAGCACUCGAUGCAUUUGCAGCGGCCGACUCUUUUGACCAUAAGAGUUUUUUUGACAUGAUCGGCCUGAAGAACAAAUCCGCUGACGAUGUGAAGAAGGUCUUCACGGUGCUGGAUGCCGACAACAGUGGCUACAUAGAGGAGGAGGAGCUCAAAUUUGUCUUGAAGGGCUUUGCCAAAGAUGGCAGGGACCUGACCGAUAAGGAAACCAAAACAUUUUUACACGCGGCCGACAAGGAUGGAGACGGCAAGAUUGGAGUAGAAGAGUUUACCACCCUUGUGAAAGAAUAAGCACCUGUGAAGACGGAGCCCAAAAGACCUCCUGAGCCCAUGGCCUCCAUCCUUUUGAUUGCACAAUAAAGCCAAACACAUUGCCCCGAAGCCACAUGCACUCAUCCCAUCUUCUCCCUUUUCUACAAACUCUUCUUGUUUGCGCUUAUGUAUAGAGAAUAAAAACAUGGCUGCAGGACGUAGACCUUGCAUUAUAAAGCAAAGUAGAUAUGUGGAGAGAUAAUAUGCCAGACCUAUCCCCCCCCCCCCUCUGUGCUUAUCUACAUAUCUUUCUUAUUUUAAUUUUCUCAGCCAUUGCAGCCCCUCCCAAAUUAAAAUGAGAUGUAUUAUUGUCAUGCCAUAAGAAGAAUGCGGUUAAGCUGUGAAUGAAAAUAAAUAUGAAUAAAAUAAAGACCGUGUGACUUGAA